UAUGCUAUCACAUUCUGUCUGCCUCCCAUCUCUUGUUUCAAUUCGCAUGUGUGGUUUGAACGUGUGAAAGAAUUUGUGUGGUGUGUUCUGGAGUUUGGGAAUGUGUUUUUGCGUUAUUUUUGUUUGAGCAGGUAUUUGUGAUGAUAGAUCUUGAGAAGAUCUUUCCGACGCAACAAGAAUCGCUUCACUCGGAGCAAGAACGCGAAAGCUAUGAAGAUUCAAAGUUCAUGAGCUUGCGUUACAAUUGCGGCGGUUACAAAGUGAAGUUGUGGGGUGACUCUAUAUGGAGUUGGGACCUUUGGGGUUGGGGAAAUUUGUCACUCUACUGUAACAGCUGCAAAUUGGUUGGGAACAACCAAGCUAGGUUGGCAAGGGUGGCCAACUUGGAUGGAUUGGUUGGGAAGGGACAAAGGUCAAAGUUGAGGUUCCUAUAGGGAGGGAAUCUUUGUGCUUAUGGGGUUUCCUUGGUUGGGGACUCUCUUGGGACCUUCCCUCUCAUCCCUCUCUUUCUAUCCCAACCUUUCUCUUGCUCCUUCUAAUUCCUUGUGAGAUUCUUGAACUUUGAUUGAACCUUUUGAGAUUGAGUUAAGUUCUCCUCCUACAGCUUACCCCCUAGUGCGUCAAAAGCCAUAGCGUCGCGAAUACUUCAUCAAUCAACAUGAUUCAAAUUGGGAACGCAAAGGGGAGCUGAAAUUCGUCAUUUCUCAAGGAGAAGAUGAAUGAGACAGGAGGAGAUGCUAAUGGAAGAGGAGCUGUACCUGAGAAGCCAAGUGAGCCGCCGCCAUCAAAAGUUGACGCUCUGGAUGGCUCCAACUAUGAGGAAUGGAGCGGGCGGAUGAGGAGUGCCUUCAAACGCUACAAGCUCCUGAAGAUUGCUGUUGGGGAGGAGAAGAUGCCGGAGGAAGGCGAAGCACGCGAACGGUGGAUUGAGAAAAGCGCGGUGCUUUUCGACCUCAUCCUUCAAUCGCAAGAUCAAUGGACACCUGAGUGGCUAAGGCAGCAGAUUCUGCAGGAGGACUUCCGUAGACGCCAUGUGGGAGGCGGUGCUGCCACGAAGACUGCUGAGGGGUAUGGAGCUGCAGGGCGCGGCAAAGGAAGAGGGGGUUGGAGAGGCCGAGGCCGUGGGAGGAGCUUUGGCAGAGGUAGAGGCCGAGGUGACUAUAAUGAGGGGCAUGGAAGCUCCAGUGGCAGGGGGAGUACCAGAAUGGAGGGCACCUGCUGGUACUGCAAGAAGGUUGGGCAUCCUUGGUUCAAGUGCUUCAGCAGGCCGGAGGGAUGGGCACCUCCAGGCAUGAAGCCGCCCAGUGCAGCAACGGCAGCAGCGGCAAAGGCAAGAGCAGGAGGAGAUGCAACUGCACCAACUGAUGGGGUCCUGGAAGCAGUCAAGAAAGUGCAGCAGCAGCAGACACAUGGUGAGGUGCUUGCUGGUGUGGAUGCGAGUGCGGCAUGGGCUAAGGCUUCAUCAAAGAGUGGAGAGGCCGAUUGGGAGACAUGGCAUGAGAGGCUGUGUCAUGUGAACUUCCCUAUGCUGCAAAAGUUGGUGAAGGAUGGGAGCCUGAAGGGCUUGGAGAUGAAAGGGGGAGUGAAGGAGAUUGGGAGCUUCCCUACAUGCUUGGAGACCAAGUUCUCCAAGUUCCCCUUCAAUAGCACUACAGGACCAGCCAAGACCCCACUUGCACUUGUGCACAUGGAUGUGGUGGGGCCCACAAGAGCCCCUUCCCUCUCAGGCAGCCGCUAUUUCUUGACAAUUGUAGAUGACCACACUCGGGCAGUGUGGGUUUACCCUUUGAAGAGCAAGGGGGAGGUGGCAGCGGCUGUCCUUAAGGAGUGGAUGCCUAGAGCUCAGAGGGAAUGCGGACACAAGGUGAAGGUGAUCCGCUGUGAGAUGGAGACACUCGCACGAUUCGAGAAGGACGUGAAGCGGACCGACACCGGGUUCCUGGCGAUAGCAACAGAGGUGAAGAAUAACGGAGAGAAAGCCUCGGAAACUCCAGAAAAAAUCAAGGAAUUACUGAAGGAGUUCCAAGACAUUCUUCCUGACGAUCUUCCGGACGAGCUACCGCCAUACCGAACGCAUCAACACGAGAUCGUGGAGGAACCAGGUUCGAAGCCGACCUUCCGAGCACCAUACCGGCUCAGCCCUACGGAGCUGACCGACAUGAAGAAGCAGAUCGAGUAUCUCCUAGCCAAAGGACUCAUCCGACCAUCUACUUCGCCAUACGGUGCCCCAGUACUCUUCACACCGAAACCGGACGGAAGCCUGCGCAUGUGCAUCGACUACCGAGCUCUUAACAAGCAGACCAUCAAGAACAAAUAUCCGAUACCGCGAAUCGAUGACCUGCUUGACCAGCUUCGGGGAGCUACGGUAUUCUCCAAACUGGAUCUGCGGUCCGGAUACUGGCAGAUACGGAUGGCGGACAACUCUAUCCACAAAACUGCUUUCCGAACUCGGUACGGAUCGUAUGAGUAUUUGGUCAUGCCGUUCGGACUCACCAACGCGCCGGCAACGUUCCAAGCCGAAAUGAACCACAUUCUACGACCACUUCUGGACGAAUGCGUGGUGGUGUACCUGGACGACAUACUCAUCUACUCACGCGACAUGAAGCAGCACGUCGAACACCUGCGACGCAUCUUCGAAAUUCUUCGACGAGAACGAUUCUACGUCAAACUGUCCAAGAGCGAAUUCGCCCUGGAGAAAGUCCAAUUUCUAGGCCACUUGGUGAGCGCUCAAGGAGUUCACGUCGACCCCAAGAAGAUCGAAGCCGUACGUACGUGGAAGACACCCGAGAACGUGAAGGAGUUGCAGCAGUUCCUAUGCUUCGCUAAUUACUAUAACAGGUUCGUGCCACAGUAUGCGAAACUCGCAGCACCACUCACGAAUCUGUUGAAGAAGAACACGCCCUACAAAUGGGAGACGAAGCACCAGGAAGCCGUGGAGCAGUUGAAACAAGCACUGACAUCCGCACCGGUACUCAUCUUGCCAGAUCCCGAACGUGACUACGUCAUUGAAGCAGACGCCAGUGACCAGGCCGUGGGUGCAGUCUUAAUGCAAGACCAGGGGAAUGGACUGCAACCAAUUGCCUACCUCAGCAAGAAACUGCACGGGGCAGAACUCAACUACCCGAUACACGACAAAGAGGCUCUUGCUAUCGUCAUCGCCUUCAAAGCGUGGAGAUGCUAUCUCGAAGGACGAAGAACGACCGUCUACACCGACCACUGCAGCCUGAAAUAUUUGAAGACACAACCCAACCUUUCCAGGCGGCAGGUCCGGUGGAUCGACUUCCUCGAGACACACUUCCACUACGACAUCGUGUACAAGCCCGGCCACAAGAACAAAGCAGACGCUCUCAGCCGGCCUGCACACGUUGCCGCGAUUCAGAUCGAAGGGAUGAAUCCACUACUCAAGGGACUCUUCACCCACGGGUACGCCAUCGACCCCGAAAUUCCCUUGGCAGAAAGGCGACAUCUGCUACAGUGGGACAAUGACAUCGCAUACCGGAAGGGAUCCACAAAAAUCUGGGUACCCAAUUACCCUCCUUUGCGCCAGUUACUACUCGAAGAAUAUCACGACGUCCUCUACGCCGGACACUUCGGUAGCAACAAGACGCUCACCGGUAUCGCCAAACACUACUACUGGCCCCAUAUGGCAGACGACGUCCAGAAAUUCGUCACCUCAUGUGAUACAUGUCAGCGGAUGAAGAGCAGCAAGCAGAAAAAGGCGGGACUACUGCAGCCUCUUCCUGUCCCAGAACAACCAUGGCAAGUGGUUAGCCUAGAUUUCAUCACCGGGUUACCACCUACCUCCAGCGGUCAUGACGCCAUCCUUGUCGUCAUUGACAAGUUCUCCAAAAUGGGACACUUCAUCCCGACACACACGACGGCACGCACCGAGGAGACAGCACAACUCUUCGUUCGUCACAUCAUCUCACAGCAUGGCAUCCCAACUACACUCAUCUCCGACCGAGACCCCAAGUUCACUAGCAAGUUCUGGAAGGAACUUAUGUCUCUGCUCGGCACCAAACUCGCCAUGUCAUCCGCAUACCAUCCGCAGACAGACGGACAGACCGAGCGCCUCAACCAAAUUGUUGAGCAACUCCUCCGAGCAGCCUGCAAGGACGACAUCUCCAAAUGGGACUUGCACCUACCCGUCCUGGAGUUUGCCUACAACAACGCUACACACGCCGCUACGGGACAGACGCCGUUCUUCCUCUGCUACGGACGCCACCCACUCACACCACUGAAACCGCCAACACCAGCAACAGUCCAACCUGCACACGACUUCAUCACAACCAUGCAUCAGCUUUGGGAUCGGACCCAUAAGCGCCUCCUUGACAUUCAACAGCAACAGAAGCGCCAGGCCGAUCGCCAUCGCAACGACCACACUAUUACGGUGGGGGACCGGGUGCUUCUCGACACCCGUAACCUGGACAUCAGCCAUCUCCCAUCUAAACUUCGACCUCGCUUCUGCGGGCCUUUCCUCGUUGAAGCCCAGGUCACUCCUGUUACCUUCCGCUUACGCCUGCCAGCUACCUGGAAGAUUCACAACGCCUUCCACGUCCAACUUCUGAAGCCCUAUCGGGACCCGAACACAAUUUUCGUCGGACGCCAGCCGUCGCCGCCGCCGCCCGUCCUCGUCCAGAACGAACCCGAGUACGAGGUCGAGUCCGUGCUCGCACACCGCCGUCGUCGGAAUGGCACCGUGGAGCUUCUCAUCCGUUGGAAGGGUUAUGAUCCUUCUGAGGACAGCUGGGUCUCUGAGACCGACAUGGGUAACGCCCGUCGUCCUCUGCAUGACUACCUUGUCAAGCAGGGGCUGCCUGAUCCGUUUUGGGUGUCUGCACUGAGGCAGGUCGCCCUUGUGAAGAAUAGGGUGCUGGCAACAGUUGGGGAGAAGGAGUGGAUCCCAUAUGUCAAGUGGUAUGGGAGUGCUCCAGCUGUGAACAUGCUGAGGGCAUUUGGGAGGGAUGUGCGCCCUCCAGUGAGGCUGACCUAUGGGGAAAGAGGCAAGCCGAAUGUGGUGCAGGCUGGGAGUGUGUUUGAGCAGAUUGAGGAAGAUGAGAUUGCAUUGUGCUAUUGGGCUGCAAUUCCUCAGCCUAAGGUACUGACGCUAGCUUCAACUCAGUAAAAGCGGAUGGCACCAGCAUUGGGGGUUAUGUGUGCUUGCUAGGAGGUGGUGCUGUGAGCUGGCGCAGCAAGAAGCAAAAUGAGGUGGGAUUGUCCUCAUGUGAGACUGAGUACAUGGCCUUACACCAUGGGGCCAAGGAAGUGGUGUGGCUGAGGCGCUUGUUAGAGGAGUUGGGAGUUGGUCAGGAGGAGCCGACAGUUGUGUUCUGUGACAAUGAGUCUGCUGUGAAGCUCGCCAAGAAUGCUUGUCUGCAUGGGCUGACAAAACACAUAAGGCCUAAGUGGCACUGGCCAGAGGGGGAGAUUGUUGUGUGAUGUCAUCAUAUGCUAUCACAUUCUGUCUGCCUCCCAUCUCUUGUUUCAAUUCGCAUGUGUGGUUUGAACGUGUGAAAGAAUUUGUGUGGUGUGUUCUGGAGUUUGGGAAUGUGUUUUUGCGUUAUUUUUGUUUGAGCAGGUAUUUGUGAUGAUAGAUCUUGAGAAGAUGUUUCCGACGCAACAAGAAUCGCUUCACUCGGAGCAAGAACGCGAAAGCUAUGAAGAUUCAAAGUUCAUGAGCUUGCGUUACAAUUGCGGCGGUUACAAAGUGAAGUUGUGGGGUGACUCUAU